GAAGUUUGUCUGCACGUGUGAUUGGUGUGCUCGAUUGAUUUGACUGGUUUUUUUCUAGCAUUAUUGAAUUUAAUAUAACGGAAGCACGUUUCAGUCGUAGAUCAGUUUUCCACGUUAUCAAAUGAUUUAGUGUGACUAUCACAAUGUCGGAUAUGAAAUACAUUUUAGUUACCGGGGGAGUGAUAAGUGGUGUAGGAAAAGGUGUCAUCGCAAGUUCUUUCGGUACUAUUUUAAAAAGCUGCGGCAUCGACGUGACUUCUAUUAAGAUUGACCCAUAUAUUAACAUCGACGCAGGCACUUUCUCUCCAUACGAGCAUGGUGAAGUUUACGUAUUGGAUGACGGCGGAGAGGUGGACCUUGAUCUUGGCAACUACGAGCGCUUCUUGGACAUCACCUUGCAUAGGGACAAUAACAUAACGACAGGGAAGAUCUAUCAGCAGGUGAUCGAGCGCGAACGCCGCGGCGACUACCUCGGCAAGACAGUUCAGGUGAUCCCGCACAUAACUGAUGCUAUACAAGAAUGGGUGCAACGUGUGGCCCACAUCCCAGUCACACCAGAGAACACACCUCCACGAGUCUGCAUCGUGGAACUCGGUGGAACCAUCGGAGACAUAGAGGGCAUGUCAUUUGUAGAAGCGUUUAGGCAGUUCCAAUUCCGAGUGAAGAAAGAAAACUUCUGCUGCGCUCAUGUUUCCCUAGUACCAAUGCCAAAAUCAACAGGCGAGCCGAAGACCAAGCCAACACAAUCAUCGGUGCGCGAACUGCGCGGUUUGGGCCUUUCGCCUGACCUGAUACUGUGUCGCUCUGAGAAACCCAUAAACCACACUGUAAAAGAGAAGAUAUCUAACUUCUGUCAUGUCGCUCCGGAACAGGUAAUCUGCAUCCACGACCUGACCUCAGUAUACCACGUGCCUCUACUGAUGGAGGCGCAAGGCGUCGUCACAUACCUGAACGAGCGGCUGCAGCUCAACAUCUCCAUGCCUAGGCCAGGCAGAUUCAUGCAAAAGUGGCGCAACCUAGCCAAACGUGUAGACAACUUACGCAAAGAAGUCAACAUUGCCCUAGUAGGCAAAUACACUAAACUAGAAGAUAGCUACGCAAGUGUGACCAAGGCUUUACAGCACGCCUGUAUCGCUGCUAGUAGUAAACUAAACCUGACUUAUAUAGAAGCUGUGUCUUUGGAGCGGCAGACGAAAAUUGACGAUCCGGUUAGCUAUCAUAAGGCAUGGCAGGAUCUUUGCAAAAGCGAUGGCGUCAUAGUCCCUGGUGGAUUCGGCCAAAGAGGCAUGGAAGGCAAGAUCGAGGCCUGCCAAUGGUGCCGCGAAACACAAAAGCCCUUCCUAGGCAUAUGUCUCGGGCUCCAAGCGUCCGUCAUAGAAUUCGCCAGAAACGUUCUCGGUUUGAAGGGGGCUAAUAGUACAGAAGUCAAUCCGCAGUGCGAGGAUAAAUUGGUGAUAGAUAUGCCGGAGCAUCAUCCGGGGAAUAUGGGGGGUACCAUGAGGUUGGGGAAGAGGAAGACUUAUUUGGAACCUAGUUUAAUAACUCAAUUAUACAAACGUGAUGUCAUCGAAGAGCGUCACCGGCAUCGAUACGAAGUCAACCCCGAAUACAUAGAACGUCUAGAAGCAGGUGGACUCAGAUUCGUUGGCAAGGACGAGUCGAAAACGCGUAUGGAAGUGGCGAUGGUUGAGAGCCAUCCAUACUACGUGUCAGUGCAGUUCCAUCCGGAAUACUUGUCACGUCCGUUGUCUCCCAGCCCGCCUUUUCUUGGGCUAAUACUUGCGUCGCUUGGCAAACUCAAGAACUACAUGUCAAAGGGCUGCCGCCUGAGUCCCAGAAACCUAUCUGACGUCAGUUCUGACGAAGAAGAUGACAUAUCCCUCUCAUCUCUCAGUCUUACCGAAGAAAAAACAACUAUUGAAAACGGAAAACCGAAAGUUAAUGGAGUAGCUAAAUAAGAUAAGUUAAUUAUUUUUAAGUAGUCCUUUUUGUUUCACAAAUAAACAAUCACUUUUUAAAUGUUAAUUAUUCAUGGACUUAGUUUAAGCUUAACUUUGGAGCAGUUACUUUUAUGUUAACUUUUCUAGUCGAUAUUAUACAGCAUAAUAUGGAUUUUUAGUUUAUAAUUAUAACACACUACAUAAACUGAAACAAGCUCCUGCAAUGUAUCUUUUUUUAAUGUUUUAUUCUGAAGUGAAAUAUUUUUCGUAUCUAUUAUGUUGUAUAGUAUUUGACAUUCGCCAAAAUUAAACUAUAAAUAAACUUAAUAUUGUCUUCGGUUACCGCGAUAGUUACUCAUGAAAUAAAACUGUGGAAACGGAUUAUAUCGCGUAUAAUGAAUUUACAAUUAAUCCCGACGUUUCGAACACUUUACAGCAUCCGUGGUCAACAGGUGACUGAGGAAACAUUACAAUGUGCAAAAGCUACCCACAUACAAGAAAUAUUAAUGAACCAUGACCAUAAAUAAUGUAGAUUUUUAAGGCAGGUUGACACACUGUUAAUAAAGCUAGAACACUAUUAAAAAUUUACAAUAACAUACUAUGUUAAAAAAAUUACAAUUACUAUGUUAAAAACCAAUUUUGUAAUUAAUUAAUCUACACAAAGAUUGAUUGAUUCAUUGAGAUUGAAAUAUUAAUUUGAUUCAUUAUACGCGAUAUAAUCCGUUUUCAUGGUUUUAUUUUAAAAAUAAACUUAUUGAAAUAAUAUGUUGUGCAUAUGAUUAUGACUUCCAUUCAUCAAGCAUUUAUAACGUAAAUGUGUUUAAUUUUGGUCGCGCCACUCAGAUAUCUCAAUUACUUUAUUUUCUAUUAUUCAUGAAUACGUGUAGCACGUAAGCCAUAAUUUAAGCUUAAGGAUAUUUUUUUAAUAACCUAAUUUUUAUAUUGACUAAAUCCUUUAAAUACGCUAGCUGAAUUGAGCUGAAGUUAGUUAAAAGAAAAUAAUAGCUAAAAAGCAUCCAGAUGCCGUGAAACGCGAAACUUAUAAAACUAGUACCAAAAAACUGUGUUAUGUUGUUGCUCAAUUCACAUCUGUGUUUAAAAACAAUAUUAUUACCAUGAUUACUACUACAAUGAGGAUUGAGGAGGCACACUGACAUUUUGUCCUGCCAAUUUCCACUUUGAAUCCUAGAAUUCCUAGGCCGCUGUAGAACCUUUCCAUAAUUAACGUCAAAAUUAAUUCUAAGGUAAAGAAUCCAUGGUGUCAAUGAGACAGGGUUCUAGAGUUGGUUGACCAUACUUAUUCCAUUAGGUCCCUAAAAACCACUGCAACAAUUUAAAAAUUGAUUGACUAUUAGUUUUGUCUAAGUUGUGAUUGUUAUUUGUGAUUAUAAUGUUAAAAUUAUAAAUAUUUGUGAUUACAUGGCUGUUGUAAUGCGCAAUUGAAGAUGGAUAUAAAUAUAUUUCUAAAAAUAUAUAGUUUUUAGCACUGUUUGGAAUGUUCUAGGGACAGAUACAUAUUUUGUAUAUGGUUUUUAAAGAAGGUUGCUAUUUAUAAUAAACCUUUAACUAAAUGAUGUAAAUUCUUUAUUAUUGAUUGUGCUUGAUGUUAAUUAAAAUGUUGAAAUUGUGAAUGUAAUAAAUGUUAGUGGUUAAAUGUGAAAACCAGCGGAAAUAAUGAUACACUAGUAUUAUACAGCUCUGAAAAGAAACUAAGGUCAGUGAGUACUUAUCGAGUUUAGCUUCAAAUGUAUGUACUUCCAAUUAACACAAAAUAAUUCGUGACGUUUUCAUUUUGUCCAUUGUCAUUAAGAUUGAUUUAAUAUUCAAGCUAUUAUGGAAAUAUCGUCUUAUUGGCAAGUGAUUCCUUCAAUUUUUGUUGAAAAUGGCUUGUUGACCUUAGCCUCAAAAAAAAUUUACCUAAUAUUUGGCCCCAGUUCUUUUACUUAGUAAGCACACACAUAAUGAUCACAAACCCUUCCUCAACAAAUGGAUAUACGAGCAUUCCAUGCGUGUUUACUAUUCAAAUACUUGUAAUUAAUGUUUCAUGUGAAUAAAUAAUAUGUUGCUGU